GAAAAAACAUACAAAUUUACUUAACGUGUAUACACAGGAAGAAUCACAGCGUGAUUACCCACCCCUCAGAGGGCUUCAGAAGCUUGUGGAUACAAUCCCAGCGAUACAGGUUAUGGUAGGGAGAAGAGGAAUUCUGUUGAGGGAUUACAAGGGAGAAUGAAUGUAUCAGGAACACAUUAAUUUGUACAACAUCUUGUGAAAGGGUCUGCUCAGGUGUGAUUACUACAUUCUUGGUUUUACAGGGAGGCAACAAAAACAAUUAUGUUCCUUGUGAUGUGUCUAAACUUUAUCCUUUGCUUUGGCCGAGAUGGCGUGGGGAUUUAGGGGAGUGGGAACUUGAGGCUUCUUCAGUUCAGAUGUCAAAACGCCAUUAUUUGGGGGUAUGUUUCUGCGCCUCCAACACUGUUUAACAGGGAGGCUUGUUUCAUCCAGUAAGGGGGUCAAGAAAUGGUUCCCCGAAGAAAACGAUUCUUGAAAUCUGACAAAUAAAUGAGGUGUCAAACAGGCAAAAAGUGUGUCGGAAUGAGCACGGAUGAGGGUAGGGUGGAAAAAUCUUGGUACUUACUCUGUGGGAAGACCUGAGGAAAAAAAGCCACUACAGUUUAUAGUUCAGUGUAUGGUGGGCGAAGGAGAUGAAGCCGAAAACUUGGACAAUCUUGUCCAAGAGCAAGGGAAAGCCACCAAAGAUUUUUCAGCAGAUUGCCGUGAUCAUAUUUGUAUUUGAAGACUACAACGGUGCUGUAUGAAAAAUGGAUGCACAAAGCCGAAUUGGGAAGCUAUUGUUCCUGGAAAGUAUAACCCUGAAGGCGGAGAGUUGUAGAGAACAGAACUGAUGUUUAAAAAGAAAAAUCCACAAGACGUGGUGGUGGAGCACGUACCUGAAGUUGUGCCUAUUGCGCUUCUGAUUUCAAAUAAGUAAUUGUUUUAAAUUGCCUACUAACAUAAAAAAGCCCAGUCGAUUCCAAACACUGGCACCCAGGCGUGAGAAUCCAUGGUUAUUUCCUUGGGUGAGCUUUAUUGUAUUUUUGCGGGCGCUAUGGAAAUGCUCCUCCAGGCAGUACAGAUCAGCAGCGGCUCGUAGUGAAGAAUGUUCAAGGAAGAGUUUACCCCGGAUCACCAGGACAUGGGGCUUGGGGAGCCUGGACUGCCAUGAGGAAGGUCGAUUCACCACUACAGACAGGGAGCCUGAGGCCUGGGUGGUGCCGACAAGUCGGCAGUCACGCCAGGUCAGGAAGCGCCGAAGCCGCGGGAAACCCUGGACUCCAUCCCGGGAUUUGUCCCAGUGUCGAAGAUGGUAUCCAGGUUGCCGAAAACUUCCCGGAAGUUUAGACUAAGACCUACUUAUUAUCUACGGUGUCCGGGAAGGUCCAUGAUUGUGCCACAUAAAGUCAGAAGGGAGGAAAGGCGCACGCGCAUUGGGGACUUGACUCUGGAAAGCGUCCAGACCAAGGUCAGCGGAGAGUAGGCAUGUAGCUUCUGCAGUUGCUCCUCCUCACCCUCCGCGACCUGAUUUCCUAGAAGGGCUCUGUCACCCGAAAAGAUUUUCCACUGGCUUAGAGGAGGGAGGGCCCGCCUUCCCCCGUUAUCCAUUGGCUGCUCGUUCCGCCGCAAGUUGGGGGCGGGGUUAGGGCGCCUUUCGAUUGCAUCAGCUGGUCCAGCCGAGGCCAAGUUCCCGGGCGCUAGCCCACCUCCGACCCGCCUCUUGGCUCCUCUCCUCUAGGCCGUCGCUUUCGGGUUCUCUCAUCGCUUCGUCGUUCGCCAAUGUUUGAGGAGAAGGCCAGCAGUCCUUCAGGGAAGAUGGGAGGCGAGGAGAAGCCGAUUGGUGCUGGUGAAGAGAAGCAAAAGGAAGGAGGCAAAAAGAAGAACAAAGAAGGAUCUGGAGAUGGAGGUCGAGCUGAGUUGAAUCCUUGGCCUGAAUAUAUUUACACACGUCUUGAGAUGUAUAAUAUACUAAAAGCAGAACAUGAUUCCAUUCUGGCAGAAAAGGCAGAAAAAGAUAGCAAGCCAAUUAAAGUCACUUUGCCUGAUGGUAAACAGGUUGAUGCGGAAUCUUGGAAAACUACACCAUAUCAAAUUGCCUGUGGAAUUAGUCAAGGCCUGGCCGACAACACCGUUAUUGCUAAAGUAAAUAAUGUUGUGUGGGACCUGGACCGCCCUCUGGAAGAAGAUUGUACCUUGGAGCUUCUCAAGUUUGAGGAUGAGGAAGCUCAGGCAGUGUAUUGGCACUCUAGUGCUCACAUAAUGGGUGAAGCCAUGGAAAGAGUCUAUGGUGGAUGUUUAUGCUACGGUCCGCCAAUAGAAAAUGGAUUCUAUUAUGACAUGUACCUUGAAGAAGGGGGUGUGUCUAGCAAUGAUUUCUCUUCUCUGGAGGCUUUGUGUAAGAAAAUCAUUAAAGAAAAACAAGCUUUUGAAAGACUGGAAGUUAAGAAAGAAACUUUACUGGCAAUGUUUAAGUACAACAAGUUCAAAUGCCGGAUAUUGAAUGAAAAGGUGAAUACUCCAACUACCACAGUCUAUAGGUGUGGCCCUUUGAUAGAUCUCUGCCGGGGUCCUCAUGUUAGACACACGGGCAAAAUUAAGGCUUUAAAAAUACACAAAAAUUCCUCCACAUACUGGGAAGGCAAAGCAGAUAUGGAGACUCUCCAGAGAAUUUAUGGCAUUUCAUUCCCAGAUCCUAAAAUGUUGAAAGAGUGGGAGAAGUUCCAAGAGGAAGCUAAAAACCGAGAUCAUAGGAAAAUUGGCAGGGACCAAGAACUAUAUUUCUUUCAUGAACUCAGCCCUGGAAGUUGCUUUUUUCUGCCAAAAGGAGCCUACAUUUAUAAUGCACUUAUUGAAUUCAUUAGGAGCGAAUAUAGGAAAAGAGGAUUCCAGGAGGUAGUCACCCCAAACAUCUUCAACAGCCGACUCUGGAUGACCUCGGGCCACUGGCAGCACUACAGCGAGAACAUGUUCUCCUUUGAGGUGGAGAAGGAGCUGUUUGCCCUGAAACCCAUGAACUGCCCAGGACACUGCCUUAUGUUUGAUCAUCGGCCAAGGUCCUGGCGAGAACUGCCUCUGCGGCUAGCUGAUUUUGGGGUACUUCAUAGGAACGAGCUGUCUGGAGCACUCACAGGACUCACCCGGGUACGAAGAUUCCAACAGGAUGAUGCUCACAUAUUCUGUGCCAUGGAGCAGAUUGAAGAUGAAAUAAAAGGUUGUUUGGAUUUUCUACGUACGGUAUAUAGCGUAUUUGGAUUUUCUUUUAAACUAAACCUUUCUACUCGCCCGGAAAAAUUCCUUGGAGAUAUCGAAGUAUGGGAUCAAGCUGAGAAACAACUUGAAAACAGUCUGAAUGAAUUUGGUGAAAAGUGGGAGUUAAAUGCUGGAGAUGGAGCUUUCUAUGGCCCAAAGAUUGACAUACAGAUUAAAGAUGCGAUUGGGCGGUACCACCAGUGUGCAACCAUCCAGCUGGAUUUUCAGUUGCCCAUCAGAUUUAAUCUUACUUAUGUAAGCCAUGAUGGUGAUGAUAAGAAAAGGCCAGUGAUUGUUCAUCGAGCCAUCUUGGGAUCAGUGGAAAGAAUGAUUGCUAUCCUUACAGAAAACUUUGGGGGCAAAUGGCCCUUUUGGCUGUCCCCUCGCCAGGUAAUGGUAGUUCCAGUGGGACCAACCUGUGAUGAAUAUGCCCAAAAGGUACGACAACAAUUCCACGAUGCCAAAUUCAUGGCAGACAUUGAUCUGGAUCCAGGCUGUACAUUGAAUAAAAAGAUUCGAAAUGCACAGUUAGCGCAGUAUAACUUCAUUUUAGUUGUUGGUGAAAAAGAGAAAAUCAGUGGCACUGUUAAUAUCCGCACAAGAGACAAUAAGGUCCACGGGGAAUGCACCAUUUCUGAAACUAUCGAGCGGCUACAGCAGCUCAAAGAGUUCCGCAGCAAACAGGCAGAAGAAGAAUUUUAAUGAAAAAAUUGCCCAGAUUGGCUCCAUGGAAAAGGAGGAACAGCGUUUCCAUAAAAUUGACUUUGUACUCUGAAAACGUCAAUUUAUAUUGAACUUGGAGGAGUUCGGCAGAGUCCGAAUAGGUCAACCUGCAGGCGUAACUAUUUUUGACCUAGUCAGUUUUUAAACAAUGUGCAUUUGAAGGAGUUAAUUAAAAGAGAGCCAAUAAAAUGAUUUUACUCAUUCAAUAUCUGAGUACUGGAAAUGAAACAUGAGGAAUGCUUUAGUGUAAUGUGGGAGAACUUUUUUGUAAAUUUAAUGCAAUUGAAAAAGUUUUCAAAUUCAAUUAAGGUAACUAGAAUUGGAUUAUGGUGUAAAAAUAAAAAAAAAAUGUAUUCACAUAA